UUCCAGCACCAUGGGUUUCUUAGAGCCAGAGAAGAGCGCCGAUGGCGAACUGUCGCCAGAGGCUCCUCGCUCCCUGAUUAACGAGCGCAAGCUGAUGGCGAAAAUCGACUGGCACGUCGUACCGUGCUUGUGUCUCAUGUAUUUGCUCGCAUUCUUAGACCGAGUGAACAUCAGUAACGCGGCGAUUCUGGGUUUACAGGAAGACCUGAACAUCGAGACGGGCACGAAAUACAACACCGCGUUGACGAUCUUCUUUGUUCCUUACAUCAUUUUCGAGAUCCCGUCCAACAUUCUAAUGAAGAAGCUGAAGCCUCAUCUUUGGUUGUCAUUAUGUAUGUUUGGCUUCGGCUUGGUCAUGAUCUGCCAGGGUCUGGUGUCGAACUGGGGAGGACUGAUGACUACUCGCUGGUUCUUGGGCAUGUUUGAGACUGGAUUGUUUCCUGGCUGUUUCUAUCUGAUGGGCAUGUGGUACAAGCGCAGCGAAGCCCAGAAGCGCUUUAGUUUCUUUUUCAGCUCCACCACCCUCGCGGGCGCCUUUGGUGGUCUCCUGGCCAGCGGUCUCGGCAAAAUGGAAGGUUUGCGCGGCUAUCGAGGCUGGCGCUGGGUGUUCAUUAUCGAAGGUGUUCUGACCUGCGUGGUGGCCAUCAUCUGCUACUUCCUGGUUACGGAUUUCCCAGAAGAUGCCAAGUGGCUCACUGAGGAAGAGCGCGAGUUUGUCCGCGAAAAGCUCGCUGCCGACACGGGCAAGGCUGCCCCAGAUGCUAGGUUAAGCUUGCGCGAUGUGUUGGGUGUUUUCAAGGACUACAAAAUCUUUAUCGGUGGAUGGAUGUACUUCGGCCAGGUUGUCACGGCCUACGGCUACGCGUACUUUGCGCCGACGAUCAUCAAGACCUACGGAUACGGACCCAUCAAGACGCAGCUUUAUUCCAUUCCUCCCUGGGCGGCGGCAUUCGGCUUCUCCAUGGUUGUCGCAUUCCUUUCGGACAGGUUUCGCCAUCGAUUCGCCUUCGCGUUCAUCCCGAUGCUGAUUGCGAUGGCUGGGUACGGAAUUCUGCUCAAUAUCCACGGCGAGGCGCAACGGCACGUGCAGUACGGAGCCCUAUUCCUCGUCACCAUGGGGUGCUACAGCGCAAUGCCAGUCCUGGUGUGUUGGUUUUCCAUGAAUUUAGGAGGCCAUCGGCGACGGAGCGUGGGAACGGCUUGGCAGAUCGGCUUCGGUAACAUCGGAGGAAUCAUUUCGACGUACUCGUUCCUGCAGAAGGACGCGCCGCUCUACCGCAACGGAUACAUCAUCAGCUUGUCCUUCCUGUGUUUCUCGGCGGCCAUGGCCGUCGUGUACUUCGUCGCGCUCUGGUUCGAUAACCGGAAACGCGACCGAGCAAUGGCGAACGGCGCCGUCGAUAGCGCCACAGAGGAGCAAGAAGAGCAAGAGGGUGACAUGGCGCUGACUUAUCGCUACAACUAUUAAUCAAUUAGAAAUUAAUGACAUGUGAAUUGCCUCGAAAUCUUCGCUUCUUGACGCGAUCGCCCCCGAUACCGGACGGGAGGUAGCAUCCGGAGAAAUUAGAGCAACAGUAGUCUAAGCUAUGUGUGGAUCCUGACCUUGGGGUAGCAACCGAAUAAUGGGGCGGCCUUCCCGACUCCUCAUUCUUUGCCAAUGAGAGACAUUUAGUGGAUCUCGUAGCCCCCAUAUCUGGAUCUCAAUCCUCGGUUCCUCAGGGUCAGUUGGUCUGAUCGCUAGCUUCGGCAUUGGCAGCGACUCGGCGCUUCCGGAUCACUUGGAGCUGUGCUUUCAUAAUUUUGGGAAUUUAUGCGGAGUUUUCCGUGCUUAACCAUCUAAAGAGAGCUGUCAUUACCUUGAAGAGUCAUCGCUGUCCCCUAUUUUACUUUAAUACUUCCUUUUCUCCAAAUCCCCAACCUGGAAAGGAUGUGCGGACCCCCACCGACCCAUUGUAUAAUCUUUAUGGCCCUCCGCUGAGUCCUCUCAACAGUAUUGAGAUGAAGGGGUGUGUUAGCUCCGACACCUCAGAAACCCGUCUUUGUAACCUAGCC